GAUGAUCAUGAAGAAAAUGACGAAAUCAAUAAUUUCUUUAAAGGUCCUGCCGAAAAUAAUUCAUCCAAUCUAAUUGGAAAAUCGGAUGAACGAAACGUUUCCAACGAAACGGAGAGCGAG